UAGAAGGUGCUCGGAUACGGUGCGAUCAAUAUGUUCCUCUUUUUACUGAUUCUCGGCGCAGUAGCUGCGGCCAAUGCUGGUCCAGUCUCCACCAGGCGUCCAAUCUUCCCGAAUGGUCGCAUCGUGGGCGGCGAGGAUGCUGUGAUCGAGACCUUCCCAUACCAGGUAUCACUUCAAGUCGAGGGCAGCCACAUGUGCGGUGCAUCCAUCAUCUCCGCUAACUGGAUCAUCACUGCUGGUCAUUGCGUCGACUUCCCAGCCGAAUACAUGACGGUCCGUGCUGGUAGCAGUUUCAAUCGCAAAGGCGGUACUAUUCACAAAGUCGAAAGGGUCAUCCGCCACGAGAAGUACUACACUAAUGAGUACGGCGUGCCUUUCUACGACAUCGCUGUAAUCAGCGUAAAGGAAGCCUUCAAGUUUGACGACACCCGUCAGCCCAUUGACCUGUACAAAAAAGCCGAAGAAUCAAAGGCCGGAGUCAAGUCCAUUAUCACCGGUUGGGGUAGCACCGGUCUUGAUACCCCUUCGCAGCUUCAGACUGUCACCGUACCUAUUGUCACCAAGAAUCUUUGCAACGACGCCUACAAGAAAUUCGGUGGUGUUCCGGAGGGUCAGAUCUGUGCUGCUUACUACGGAGUCGGUGGAAAGGACGCCUGCCAGGGUGAUUCCGGUGGUCCUUUAGCUAUCGAUGGACGUCUUGCUGGAAUCGUUUCUUGGGGUAACGGCUGCGCUGAUCCAGAAUACCCCGGAGUAUACACUGAAAUCGCAAAUUACCGCGACUGGAUGGAAAAACACGUCAAGUUUUGAAUGAUGUUUAGCUUUACGUUCUAUUUUUGUACAUUGUUUUGAUUAAGUUUUUAUACUCUGUCGAUUAAUUUUAGAAAUUGUUUCGCAACAUCCAUUAUGCUAUAUAUACUAAUAAGACGUCGACAAUUAAAUAAAUAUUAAACAAUUUUGAAC